GAAUUGAGCCGGGUGGCAUGGAAUGCGAGCCCCACAGCUGUGAUGGCUCAGGGCGUGUCCUAGGAGUACGUCUCGCAUACCCAGAAUCCGGUUUUGUACGGUGCAACACGUUGGAAAACGGUGAUUCUUCUUCACUGCUGUCAACCUUGGGGCACCGUAUUGGACCUGUACAAACUUUACGUCGGACAGACUCUUCGGACGCGCCCUCAAGGCGCAAGAGAUUGACCCAUGCGCGGAUAGCAGCGCCUUGGAAUCACGGCGUGCCCAGAUAGUCGAGAAAGCUGGAGCCGUCAGCGGCGGGUGGCGCAUCGCACGAGCACAGUCCUGCCUCGACCUUGCCACGCCCUGGUCGCUCAUUCUGUCGCCAAUGGACCGUCGCACGUCGCUCGGCGACAUGCUCGCACAGCUACGACAUGUGGCGGCUGUCGAGGCGAAACGGGCAGCGGAACAGGUGAUUCUUCCCAGAGACUUCGCCCUGACCAUUCCGCAUCCAGACAAAUCGUCCCGCCCAUCUCCGGAUGACAGCACCGAACCCUUGUCGUCGGAACCCCUCUUUACGAUCACCGUUCGGUUAUUGUCCGCUGGCCACGUGGACGCGAGCCCCGCGUACCAUUCCGCCAAUGAAAUCUGGCCACGUGGCUACCAUGCAGUGUGGGUGGACCCUUUAGGGGGGCUGUGCCAUAGCGAGGGGGCACAGGGGGUUUAGGUGACAUGCAUGGGUGGGCGGUAGAAGGGGGGGAGAAGGAAGGGGAUCGUGGCGAGAUGGUGAGAGGAGGUGAGGUAGAGGGGAGAGGGGCGAGCAAAAGCGCACGGUUAGUCUUGUGUGAGCCCGAAGAUGAGGUGCACAUGGUGUGUGAAGGUCGAACCUGCCAGGAGGCUUGGGAGAGGUUUGGGAGGGAGUGGGACGUGGAGGGGGAGCGGGAGGUGGAGCGGGUGAGAGCGCUGCUGGCGGCCGACAAGUUUGGGCUCAAGCACCCGGAUGUGGCGGCGCUGAUCGAAGGGCAGAGCGGUGCAGAGCGGUGCGAGGGGUACGAGUUCAGGGAGGAGCGAUGGUGGAAGGGGCAAGUGCAGAGGGAGCAGGGGGGGGGAGAAGGUGGUGCGAAUGAAACCAGCGAGGCGAAGGGCACUGGGGAAGAAGGGGGCCAUGCGCGGAUGGGCGAUGCGCGGAUGGGCGAUGCGCGGAUGGGCGGGGGAGUGCAGUGGGAAGGAAGGAGUGGCGCAGUGAGUGCAGUGAUGGGGAGGUUAGUGGAGGAGCGCUGCCAUGGCGUGCUGCUGGACAGGGGGCAGGGGGGCAAGCGCAUGGAGGGGGGCGAGCGGAUAGAGGGGGCAUGUGGAGAGAUGCUGAUGACAAAGGGCCUAGCAGGAGCAGCAGCAGCAGCAGCAGCAGCAGUAUGGGCAUCAGCUGCUGCGCCAAAGCCAUUCUCUGUGUGCGCGCCAGCCUGCCCGGCGCCUCAGCUCCCCGCAGGAGCCGUGUGGCCGCUGUCUCUCCCUCGCCCUGCCACUGCUGCACCCUGUGCGCCUCUGCCGUCGCUCUCCCAGCGCGACAUGCUGCGACUCAUUGAGAUGCAUCACUUCCUGCACGCCUUCCCGCCCCUCGUCCCCCCAUCCGCCCCCAUCGCCUCCGCGCUGCCCGCGCUCUCCUUGCCCGCCCUCGCCUACCACCUCGCCUGCCCUGCCAGCUACCACGCUACCCACUCCUCUCUCGCGCCCCCUUCCCAUUCCCUAGCGCUUCCCCUGGCUGCGCAUGCAGGCGCCGCGGCAGCGAGUGCGCGCGCCUCACAGCCGCCUGCCUUCCACGGCGGCUCUCCGCUGCUGGCGUACGUGCAUGUGGCGCUGCUGCACGUGCUGUUGAGCGACACCAUGGGCGCGGUGGCGGCCAGGGAGGGCAUGGGGGGCGGCAGGGGGAAGGAGUGCGAGGGAGGAGGCAAGGAGAGGGAAGUACCAGAAACUGUUGCAAGGGUUUCUGGUGCUGGGGACAGUGGAUCUGGAGGCGGCGGUGGUGGGGCUGCUGCUGCUGCAGGCGGCGGCUGUCCUGCGUCUGCCCCUGCUGCACUCACUGCCACCCUCAUGGGUGCAAGUGCGGCCAAUGCCAGUGAUGCCACCUCGGAUUUGCUGAUGUGUCCCAUUGAUGAGCUGACGUGGCCUGAGGUGGCAUGCAGGGUGCUUGCUGUUAACGCUGCGCUGUUGCAGGCAGAGAGGAGGGAGAGGGAGGCGGGCGGAGGGGAAGAGGGGGAAGGGAGGCGAGAGAAGCAGGGAGAGGGGAAGCGAAGGAGAGUGGCGGACACGGGGGGCAGGGGGCGGCUGACUCGGUGCAUAGCGGGGGAUGGAGGGCCGCUCAUGGGGCACUGGAUGGGCACCCCGGGGGCCAUGCACGACGCUGCGGCCCUCGCUGCUGCGGAGAAGCAUCUCGCCCUAGUCGCCUCGUCCCAGCCUCACUCGCACUUCGCUGCUGCCGCCGCCGCUGCUGGAGGCAUGGGGGCAGGCGGGAUGGGCAGUGGGGCGGGCAAGGGCAAGGGAGGGAAGGGUGGUGCUGCCGCUGCAGCGGCAGGCCCAGUGGGUGAGGAGCAGGGGGGGGAGGCGGCAGCAGCAGGCGCGGGUGAAGAGCAUGGCAGCAGUGUGAGGCACGGUGCAGGUGGCGCCAUGCCCCGCACGCCGGGGCUCAACGAGGAGGCCACAACCGAAGCUGCCACCGCUGCUGGGGCUGCUGCUGACGUUGUUUCCGUGGUGCAUCCAAGUGCAGGAGGCGCAGCAGGUGCGGCGGCGUGCGCCCCCCAGUGGGUGGUGCUGCUGGAGCCCAUCCGCAAGAUGCAGACCAACGUCGGCGCGCGCAUCCGCAACUGCAUCCGCGCUGCCCUGGACUGCCACGUGGCGCCGCCUGAUUGGGCGGUGGAGCGGCUGCAGUGGGCCAUCAGCAAGGAGGUGUACAAGGGCAACGCGUCAGGCCCUACUAAGCGCGCGGCCAUCGAGGUUAUGGACAGGUUCCUCGCGCACCAGCCCUCUGCGCCUGCCUCUGCUGCCGCCCCCCCUGCUCCUGCCGUCGGGGCUGUGGCGUCCGCCCCAAAGGUGAAGAGGGAGGCGGCUGCUGAGAGGAGUGACGACGGUGCUGGUGGCACCAAGGGCGCGGUGAAGCCCAGGGAUGGUGGGAGGGCUGCAGGGAGAGGGGGGGCAGAGGAUGGCGGUGGUGGGGGCGUUGGAGCGCAUGAGGACCCGCACACAGCUGGACGGCAGCGCGCCGCUCAAUCUCCUGCUGCCGAUGGCGCUGCUGCUGCCACGCUGUCGGGCACAGCACGAGGCCGUGGGCGCGCAGCGAGGGCAGCGGCGGCGGGGCCGCCCCUGUCGCGGCUGAUGCAGCAGUGCCGCGUGGUGCUGUGGCAGCUGGCGCGCGCCGACCAGCUGCAUGCCUUCACCUAUUUCUGGGGGGUGGGGCCCACGGGGGACGCCCACGGGGCGGGGGAGGGCGCCUGUGUGGGGGGUAAGGGUGCAGAUGAUGCAGCAGGCGCAGGUGCAGGAGGGGCAGGAGGGGCUGGAGGGGCAGGUGAGGGAAGAGGGAGGUUGGGUGGCGAUGCGGGCCACAUGGGCAGCGAGGUGGCGGCUGGAAGGGGCGUGAAAGGGGUGGUGGGGAAGGGGCCGCCACGGUCGCAGCAUGCACCUGUGGGUGCAGCGGCGCCCCUGGCAGGUGCAAUGAGCGCAGGCGAGGGCGCGGGAAUGGCAGUGCUGGCAGCAGGAGGCGCGGUGGGGGACACACGCAGAACGGGGUGGGCGCCGCGGCAUGCAGUGGCGCGGCCCAUGGACCUGAGGACCAUCGAUGCGCGCGUGGUGAUGGGCGCCUAUGGGGACUCGGCAGAAGGCUUCAUUGCUGACGUCAAGCAGAUCUGGGUGAACGUGCGCCUGAGCUACCGCAAGCCGCACCCCAUCUUCCUCUCCAUGCUGCACCUCGCGCCGCUCUUCGACAAGCUCGUCGCCUCCAAGGGCCUGUUCUCCUCCGCUCCAAUGCUGCCCCCGCACCCCCCAACCCCUGGGGAAGACAGGCUGGGGGGAGCAGGGAGGGGGGAGGGGCAGGGGGAGGGGGGCAGCGUUUGCGUGCCCCCGUGGGAGAAGGAGGGGUGCGCGGUGUGCGGCGUGGACGUGGACGAGGGGCUGGUGCUGCUGUGCGAUGCGUGCGACCGCGAGUUCCACGUGUACUGCCUGCACCCGCCGCUGCCCCGCGUGCCCACCGGCAACUGGUACUGCCCCCUGUGCGUGGGGCAGGGCGGGGUGCAGGGGACAAGAUGGGGAGAGGACGAGGGGGAGGAAGAGGAGGAGGAAGAAGAGAAGGAAGGGGGAAAGGGAGAGGACGAAGUGGAGGCGGACGAGGAGGAAGAAGAGAGGGGUGGAGCUGGGGGGGUGGAAUUGGGGAGAAAGAGGGCGUUUCAGCAAUCGGAAGAGUGUGACGAGGAGGAGGAGGAGGAAUGGGAGGAGAGUGCGAUGUAUGUGGUGGCGAAGAACGUGAGCAGCUGCGAGUACAACAGGAUGAGCGCCAGCCUGAGAAUCCUGCUUCUGCACACUCUCUGUCGCCUGGCCGCCCGCACAGCUGCCUACCGAGCCCUGUGCCACCACCAGCACCACCAGCACCCCCAGCACCUGCCACGCUCCCCGUUGGCCCGCGAGCUAGACUGGCCCCUUGUGUGGGGCGCCACUCGCAAGCGCUCCCAGGGGCUGAGGCACGCGUUGAGGGGAGUGUGGGCUGCCGGGGAGGGUGGGGAGGAGGAUGGGGGGGAAGAUGGGGAGGAGAGUGAGAGGAGUGUGGAGGAGGUCGAAAGGGGUGAGGGAGAGAGAGGUGGAGGGAGAAGGAGGCUGAAGCGGUCGAAAUUGAGAAAGGCAAGAAGAGCGAGGAAGGGCGAGGUGGGAGAAGGGGAGGAAGUGGAAGAGGUGAGGGAGGUAGAGGAGGAUGAGGAGGACGAGGGAGAGGAGGAGGAGGGAGAAGAAGCAGAGGAAGGGGAUGAGGGAGAGGGGGCAGGGGGGCAGCAGGAGGUGGUUGUUGAUGGGAGGGAAUGCGGCAUGCCGCUGUGGUGCUCUAGCGCUCAUCAAGGGAGGCUCAGAGGUGUACAGGGAGAGGGGCAGGAGAGCGGUGAAGCAGUAGUAUUUGUUGGAUCGGACGAGAUUGGACGGCUGUUCUUUGUUGUCAGCAUGGGCAUCGUUAACAGUGCAGUUCAUGGGUCAGGGGCUUGUGGCAAUGCUGCUGGUUCCGAUGCUGCUGAUGCUGACAGCCGUGGUGAUGGUGAGGCUGGUGGUGAUGCUGGGGCGUCUGCUGAUCUCUCUGCGCCGCGCGCCUGUGCUGCCAUGGACGGAGGAGCCGUGGGGCGGCAUGCAGAUGAGCCGCAGGGGGCACAGGCGCCAGGAGCAGCAGUGCUGGUGUGGUGCCCCCUUGGGGCCAUCGGGAGCUCUCAGCCUGCCGCCUCUCACCCCUCCACCUCCCUCCCACCACCACCCCCCUCUCCUGCUCGCUCGGCCCCUCCUCUUCCUCUUCCUCCUCUGCGCCCCACCUCCCCCUCCCGCCCCGCCCAUCCCCCCCAGCGCCUGUGGCCGGCAUGCAGAGGCGCGUGCUGCCAUGACGCCUGCACCAGGCAGGUGCACCUGGGGGAGGCGCUACUGGCCUCUGCCAAUGCUGCCGCUGUUGCUGGCGCUGCUGCUGCUGCUGCUGCUGCUGCUGCUGCUGCUGAGGCUGGCGGUAGUGAGCGGGGCGGAGGAGAGGGGGAGGGGGGAGAGUGGCGGUGGUAUGUUGGCAAGGGAAGGAUGCCAAUGGUGGGGGGGAAUGCAAGGGGGAAAGGGAGUGACGCACCGCUUGUGACGGUGAGUGAUGAGGAUGCUGCUUCUGCUGCUGCUGACGUGGAUGCUCUUCUCUCGUGGAUGGCUGCAUCAGCAACACCUGGCAGCCAGCUGGCAAGGGUUCACAGCCGGCUGCAGCAGCUGCUGCCAGGCCCUAUGCCACGUCAGCAGUGGUUGACCAACCCUCUGCCUCCACAUCAGGCCACACCUGGGGAGGCCACAUGCUCUUCUGUCUCCCCCUCUUCCCUGUCCCCCCCUCUCUCACUCCCAGUGCACCUGCAGUCCCGCCUAUCGCCCCCCCCUCCAACCUCCCACCCGCCACCCACGCUACCCCUACUCCCACCAGCCGAGCCCCCCACCCAAGGCGCCCAAACAGACGCCCUCUCGCUGCCCCCGCCUUCCCUCCGCACCCUGCGUGCUCUGGCCUUCCUGGAAGAGCGAUUUGGAGCGGUGGAGAUGGGUGCAGGCAUAGGGAUGGGAGGGGAGCAGGGAGGGGAGGAGGGGACAGGAAAGAAGGUUAGGAGCAAGGGGGAGGAGAAAGGCACGGGACUCAAGGGGACGGUGGGGGUGCCGGCACGCAGUGACGGCAGCAGGGGCGUGUGGAGGUGCGAGUGCCUGGAGCUGCAGUGGGCGGCCAGGUGGCACUGCGUGGUUUGCCACGAGACAUACAGCGCCAAGGCGGAGUUCGAGGGGCACAAGCGGGCGUGCAGGCUGAGGGCCAAGGGGGGCAGGGGCGCAGGGAAGGGCGCAGGGAAAGGGGGCGAGCGGGGAGGAGCGAAAGGGGGAUAUAUGGGAGGAGAGAGAGGGGGCGAGCAGAAGGCAGGGCACACGACGGGUGGAGGGGCUGCGAAUGGGAUGGAUGCCAAUGCGGACAAGGCUGGGGGGGGGGCGGUGGGCGAGAGGGCGAGGGACGGGGAGCACUGGCACCAGCUUACAGGGGAGGAUGACGAUGAAGAUGUGGGGACUAUUUUUGACCCUCCAACUGCUGCUGACCUGGCUCCUGCUGACGUGGCAGCUCUUGCAGCAGCAAGGGGAGAGACUGAGGAUGCCAUCAUGCCACAUGGCGCACUCAGGCUCUGUGAUGUCAUGGCCAGCCAACCCGUGAUUGCCACGUCACCAAACGGGGAAGCAGCAGCAGCCCCGCCUGCAGCAGGGGACGUGCUUCUCUCCCAAGAAGUGGUAACCACAGGAGCUACGACGCUGGGUGAGCGCAUGAGGGUGGUGCGGUGCGAGGAGGGCGAGGGGGCAGCAGGCCAGGCGGGGCACGGGCAGCUGCUGAUGGCUAACACGCACACGAAGCGGCGAGGGGGAGAGGGGGAAGGGGAGGGAGACGGGGUGGGCGAGGAGGGGCUGGUGACAGGCUGCCAGCUGCUGCGCACUGGAGCUGGGAAGAGGAGGAAGAGAGGCGAGGGAGGAGGGAGGGGUAACGAUGGAGAGGCAAGGGGGCAGGAGGCGGAUGAAGGUGGGCAAGGGGGCAGGAGGGAGCAGGGAGCAGCAGGGGUGGGAGGGGGCGAAGGAAGCGACGGGGUGGAAGGUUGCAGUGCUGCUGGCCGUGUGGCAGCACAGGCAUCAGCUGCACGCAGGGGCGUGGGUGCCGUGGCUGCUGCUGCUGAUGCUGCCACAGCGCCUGUUCCUCGACUCCUUGGUCCUGCCACUGUUACCGCUUCUACUGGCCCGCCUGCUGGUGCCGGUGCUCUCACCGCUGCUACCAUGGGCACUGGCGUCGCACCCACAAGCACGGACAGGGAGGGGUGCCGCGGUGACGGUGCCUUAGAGCAACGUGCCAGUAGCGACUUGGAGGCAUGGGAAGCGGUGGCAGGGGAGCUGGCGGCCAUAGAGCAGCUCUCAGAGGCCGUGGGCGAGGGGCGCCACAAUGAUGUGCCACAGACUCCUCCGGGGGACGCGAGCAGAGGGGGGGUGGUGGAUGUGUGUGCUGCUGCUGCUGUGACAAUGGGUGCAGGCACGGAGGGUGCAGGCACGGAGGGUGCAGGCACGGAGGAUCUGUGUGUGGAUGUUUGGGGCAUGUUGGACGGCACACCCAGUGCCGUGCAUGGCAGCAUGCUCUCCCCCAUGCCUCACUCUGCUUGGCUGAGUUCCUGGGAGCACCUGCCACCACCGCCCAACGCGACCAGCAUGGCUGACGUCAGCAGCAGCAGCAGCUGCGUGUCUCUCAGCACCUCCCCUGCGCACCCAGCCGCUCUCCUCAUUCGCAACGUCCCACUCGCCCAUCACCCACCCGCCAUCCUCCCCCCCACACCGCACCUCCCUCCGCCCCCGCUGCCCUCGCCGCCCUCCCUCCCCGUGCCCUCCCCUCCCUCGCCUGCCCUCCGCCCUCCAGGUGUGUGCGGAGGGGGCGUGGCGGGCGAGGGAGGCGAGGGCGUGGAGUGGGAGGGGCGCGUGGUGGCGGCGGUGAAGCGCGAGCUGCUGGACGUGGAGGCGGGGGCGGGCGUGGAGGCCAUGGAGGGGCCCCGGGGGCGCUCGGGGAGGAGGCGCGCGUGGCGGGCCAUGGUGAAGCGCGCCCAGCCUGCCACGUGGCGCACUCUGCUGCAGGCCUGCCUGCUCCUUGAGCUCGCCAUCCGCGCCGACCGCCUGUGCCUGGGGUGGCGCUUCUGGUGCUCCUCCGCGGCGGCCGCCUCCUGCGCCACGCUCUCUGCACUCGCCCUGCGUGUGCGUGCCUUGGACCUCGCCAUCAUCUACUCCAAAGGGCCCGUGCGCCCCACCGCCAACACGCGAGUGGGUGCGCGCGCACAUGGCGGUGGUGAGGGCAAGGGGGGGUCGGUGGAGAACAGGAAGAGCAUGACGGCGCCGCCGGUGGUGGUGGCCGAGGAGGCGGAUGUGGUGGAGGUGUCGGCUGCGAGUGGCGAUGCGGAGGGUGGCAGUGUGGAGUUUGACAUGUUUGAUGAGGAGACGGGGGCGGCGGCAGAGGUGCUAGAGAUGCUCAAGGCAUUAGGUUGAUGCCAUGCCAUGGCUAGGGUAGAGUUGAGCUAUCGAAUUUACAGUACUUUUGGAGGUUUACGAGUUGGUGAAAUGAAGCUCUUGUGUGUGGGGUCUUCUUUUCCUUGUUGCUCCCAUAGUAUUUGUGAACAUCCAAUCCAUGUUAAACCAUGAGAAAGAUGGCAUUUUUUUUAGAACCAUUGUUAUC